AUGGAGCCCACGACCGCGACAAAGGUAGAAGAAACGGCAUAUCCCAACGGUCUUUCAAUCUCUGAAUUGAUUUCCGCACAUCCCCGCGUACGGCUGUUUGUUCAUCCGCUACUCUGGACAUGGCAACACCUCAGCCUCUUGGGUUGCAAGUUCUCGGAUAACGGUAUUCUCUCCCCGCCUCCACCUACGACUAUUCUUCCCUCCCCAACCCGUAACCAACCAGAGCAGUAUAGCGAUACCAACUUAGCAUGCGCCCUUGCGACAUCCAAACGCUCUCACAGCAGGUGGUGGGGUCUUACCCGACUCUUGAAAGAAGAGUGGAGGGUCGCCGAUCUGCCGUGCAAGUACUUCGCCUCGUCCUCACAAUCUCCGCCCCCGCUCACUCAGCUCGGCUACCUCCACUUGGACGAGCUCGCGAGAGAGCGGAGAAGCCGCCGUCGACAUCUCACCAACAACCCCAACCCCUACGAGGAUCCAUACCUUAUCGCGCUCCUCAUCGCGCUUGCGCAGGAGUAAGUGCGUAGGCAGCGACUCAGCAAUCCGGACAGAUGCAGCAUCAACGACGAGAAUGCUAGGCAUAAGUUGUUCGACGGCUCGACCAAUGUUCCCUCGCAAAUGCUCCUAGUUACUAGUCUAGACGAUACUACAUGGUUACACAUCUAUACUAGCAACAUCUCGGCCGAAUUUCUCGACAAGUUUGACCACACCUCCCGCCGUCUGCCCGCCCAAUUUCGGCUCGAAAUGGUCAUCUCUCACCGGCGGCUCGCAUUUGAACCAUAUGAAACACUGUCGCAGCGCCUCACAGCCGUUGUACAGCAGACGAUCGGCAAGUACGGUUAUGUCAGCGGCUGAGGAGUGGUGACAAUGCUAAAGAACGUUUGAU